AAGUCCCAGGGUGCUUGUUCACCAGGGGCCCCUGAUGGUGGGGAUGGACUUGGAGCCCCCGAGACCAGGUCGUGGCUACUGGGUGCGUCGUCGUCAGUGGUAGUGGUAUGCGCCAAGGGCUCCCACGGGGAAGAGUCUGAUGUGAGGAGGUCAGAAGACCCCACUGCAAGGGAUGGAUGGAUGGAUAGAGUAUGGUCGGGUCACACGCCAGGUUGGUCAGCAACAGCAGGUCAAAAUCCAAUCUGGGGCAUUCAGGAGAGAGGUCAGGCAAAGCAAGGGUCAGAAUAGGAGAGAAA